AUGGCCGUGAGAAAAAGCCGUAGAGCCGCGGGUGCACCGUCGAAAAAGACGCCAGCGCAGCUGCGUGUGCCACAAAAGUCUCUCCCUGUCACUCUCCUAUCAGGCUUCCUGGGCGCCGGCAAGACGACUCUCCUGCAGCACAUUCUCCGAACCGACCACGGGCUCAAGAUUGCCGUCCUGGUCAACGACAUUGGCGCCAUCAACAUCGACGCCGCGCUCAUCAGGAAAACCCACAGCCUGACCCGGACCAAGGAAAAAGUCAUUGCUCUUCAAAAUGGCUGCAUCUGCUGUACGCUCCGCGGCGACCUCCUCGAGGAGCUGGUGCGCAUCGCGCAGCUCGAGCAGUUCAACUACAUUGUCAUUGAGAGCAGCGGCAUCAGCGAGCCAGAGCAGGUGGCCGAGACGUUUGACGCCCGGCUGGCAGAGCAGAUGGGCGAGCUGGCCAGCGCUUCCGCGUCGCCGCUCGAGGAAAACACCGUUCGGAUGCUGAAGCAGCUAAAGGCCGCCGGCGGCCUGGAGAAGUUUGCCCAUCUUGACACGACUGUGACGGUGAUUGACGCUUUCACCAUGCUGAAUGACUUUGACACGGCGGACCUGCUGUCCUCUCGGCGCGACGACGUGACCCCCGAGGACGAGCGAACGGUGUCGGAUCUAAUGGUGGACCAGAUUGAGUUUGCCGAUGUGAUCCUCCUGAACAAAGUCGACAUGAUUAGCCAAACGACAAAAGACGAAGCGCUGGGCCUGAUCAAAAAGCUGAAUCAUCGUGCCAAGAUUAUCGAGUGCACUCGGGGCAAGGUAGACGUCAAGGAGAUUGUCAACACGGGCCUGUUCAGGUUGGACGUGGCUCAGUCGGGCUACGGAUGGCUUCAGGACUUGCACGCCAUGACUGUUCGAGAGGUUAACGGCCGCAAUGUGCUGACGCCGAAACCCGAGACGGAAGAGUACAACGUGCAGAGCUUCAUCUACACCCGGCACAGGCCGUUUCAUCCCACGAGACUGUUUGCGCUGCUCUACGACAAGUUUAUCCUCCAAAUGGAGUAUCCAGGCGAUGAGGACGAUGAGGACGGGGAGGCGGCGCAAGAGCAGGACCAGGAUGAAGCACCGGACGCAGACGCGGACGUAGACAUGGGCCAAGACGAAGCGCAGACCUCGGACUCUGACCCAGACUCCGACGGACGCAGCAGCUCCUCAGAGAAGUCUGAACAGAGCUCUGCAUCCAUGUCCUGCACCACGACGUCUCUGGAUGCAGCAUCUCCCGACAAAGGCGGCGCCGACGCCAGUCACGACGACGAAAUGGACAUUCCGCCCAACGAAACCAUCUUGGCCAACAAACGAGCGCAUCCUACCUUUAAGCGACUAUUCCGCUCCAAGGGAGAAUACUUCCUGGCUACCAGGCCGCACCGAGCGGGCGACUGGUCCCAGGCCGGCGCCAUGCUAACCUUGACGGGCGGGCGGCCAUGGUUCUGCACCCUCCCGCCUGAAGAGUACAUGACCGGAGAUCACGAGGUGGACGCGCUGGUGCAGCACGACAUCAAAAAGGGCGGUGAAUGGGGCGACCGGCGGCAGGAGCUCGUCUUUAUCGGAGAGAAGCUAGACCACGGCACUCUGGAAAAGCUGCUGGAUGAGUGCCUGCUCACCGAUGGGGAGCUGGCCAAGUGGGAGGAGGUCAUGAGGGAUGGGACGCUUGACGAGGCGGGUCGUGUAGAUGCCCUGCAGGACGUUUUCGACGACGGGUUUCCGGAUUGGAUAGAGGAUGACGAGGAUGACGAGGAUGAAGACGAUGAGAUGGAGGAUGGGGGCCACGGUGGGCAUGGCCAUGCUCAUAGAGUGAAGCGGGGGAAGCACAUGGUGAGUGCGUAG